AUGUAUAUUCAAGAUUUCGAAGAGUUUUAUGAUAAAGCUGAAACACUAUUUAGAUCAGAUCCCAAACAUUGUUUGACAAGAAAUAAUCAUUCGAUUACUUAUAUAUAUUUAAUUUCAUUUUCAAAAACUCUCUCUAGACAAGAUAUUCUUUCAAACUUAGAUAUAAUAAUAAUGAAUAAACUAAUAUUCCUAAUCGUAAUCAUUUCUAUGUUGACAUAUAUUGGAAAUUGUGAAUCCAAUCAACAAAUGGAACUUAGUUGCCCUCCAACUAAAGAUCAUUCUACAACAUGUUCAAAUGAAUGUGGAAAUGGUUGCCCUCAUGGCCAACUAUGUUGUUCUAAUGGAUGUGGCCAAGUUUGUAUGGCUGGAGUUCCUAAAAAACCUAGAAAAGGUGUACUUAAUAAAGAAUAA